AUGGUCGCUCCUCAAGAUUCAUAUCGAGCCUUUGCGGGCGCAUCGGCGUUCUCUGACUUCCGUCUCAAGCGAAUCGCCACGGCCAUCGACGCCGUGGAUUUGCAGGCGAUCUGGGUCCAUUAUGUGUCUGCGAACGCCCAUCUACCACAGGAGACAGUAGCCGUACUGGAUCAAUUGCUUGAGUAUGGCAGUUUCCCAGUUGGCCACGAACUGUAUAACCUUCUUUUAAAAACCGUCAUCACAGGGAGCCCUCCUGAGGACCCAACAAUCAAGUUGUUCUACGUGCAACCUAGAUCCGGCACGAUAUCGCCAUGGAGCUCAAAGGCAACGAGUAUCGCUCACGUCUGCGGUCUUGGAGAAAUCGUUAAGAGAAUCGAACGUGGAGUCAUUUUUGCUGCAAAAUUCGCCUCGCCGCCAGACGGAGAGUCAAUCCCAAAUCCCGACAUGCUGCACGACCGCAUGACGGAGAGCAUCAGCGCACAGCCGCCAAAUCUGAAUGCCAUGUUUGCUCAACUUCCGCCACAACCUUUACAACGUGUGCAACUAUCCCAAAGUGCCGGUGGGCCCCGAGCUGCACUCGAGGAGGCCAACAAAUCGCUUGGUCUCGCCUUGGAUGCAUCGGAGAUGGAGUAUUUGAUCGAAGCUUACACCAAUCAACUGAAGCGCGAUCCCACAGAUGUCGAACUUUUCAUGUUUGCUCAAGUCAACUCCGAGCACUGCAGACAUAAGCAGUUCAACGCGGACUGGACGAUAGAUGGAAUCGUGAAGUCAAACUCCUUGUUCUCAAUGAUCCGCAACACCCACAAAGCACAUCCCGAACACGUGAUCUCUGCUUAUAGUGACAACGCAGCAGUUCUUGAGGGCUACACAGCCGGCCACUGGGCGCCAGAGGAAUCAACAGGCGAAUGGAAGCAGACAAAGGAAGUUGUGCAUUACCUGGCAAAGGUCGAGACUCACAACCAUCCAACCGCAGUUUCGCCAUACGCAGGCGCGGCUACAGGCUCCGGUGGUGAGAUUCGAGAUGAAGGCGCAGUUGGUCGAGGAUCCCGACCGAAAGCUGGCUUGUCUGGAUUCAGUGUCUCCGACUUGAGGAUUCCUGAUCAUAUACAACCUUGGGAGCUCGAUAUUGGCAAACCAGCUCACCUGGCAAGCAGCUUGAAUAUUAUGCUUGAGGCUCCCAUCGGUAGUGCGGCGUUCAACAACGAGUUCGGUCGACCAUGUACAACAGGUUAUUUCCGCACACUGUCACUGAACGUCCCGAUCAGUAAUGAUACCACAGAGGUACGAGGCUACCACAAACCUAUCAUGAUCGCUGGAGGCGUCGGUACCGUGCGACCAGAACACGCACUCAAGACCAAGGGCUCUGUCAGUGCUGGUGCACAUCUGGUGGUUUUGGGAGGUCCUGCUAUGCUCAUUGGCCUGGGAGGAGGUGCUGCAUCCAGUAUACAAUCAGGGGAAGGUAGCGUCGAACUGGAUUUCGCAAGCGUUCAACGAGGAAAUGCCGAGGUUCAAAGACGUGCACAGGAAGUCAUCAACACAUGUACCUCACUGGGCGCUGAGAACCCCAUCCAGCUCAUUCAUGAUGUCGGCGCUGGCGGUCUUUCAAAUGCUCUGCCGGAGUUGGUCGAAGACGCCGGAUUCGGCGCCCGCUUUGAACUCAGGGAGGUCGAUAAUGCCGAUACCAGUCUGAGCCCACUGCAAAUUUGGUGCUGCGAAGCUCAGGAGCGCUAUGUCAUGGCUAUCGCGCCGAGCAAACUUUCCGCGUUCGAAAAGAUUGCUCGUCGUGAGCGUUGCGGAUAUUCCAUUGUCGGCACUGCGCAAGAGGAAAAGCGUCUGAUCCUCCUAGACCGAGACUCGGUCGAUGAGCCAACGCCAAUCGACCUUCCCAUGCCGAUUCUUUUUGGCAAACCGCCUAAGUUACACCGCACGGUCGAGUCUCGAAAGCCGCAAUUGCCAGCAUUUGACAGCAGUCUCGCCACUCUGUUGCCACAAGAUGCCACCGAGAACGCGCUUGGCACAGCAAUCGACCGAGUCCUCGCUAUGCCUGCUGUAGGCUCGAAAUCAUUCCUGAUCACCAUUGCGGACCGUACGGUAGGAGGACUCACUGUACGUGACCAAAUGGUUGGUCCGUGGCAGACUCCGGUAGCCGAUGUAUCGGUGACUGCAACAUCAUUGACGACUGGUAUCAGUACGGGCGAAGCUAUGGCUAUGGGCGAGAAACCCACUCUGGCACUUAUCUCGCCUGCAGCAUCUGCGCGUAUGGCAGUCGCCGAGUCGCUGAUGAACAUUGCUGCAGCCAGUCUUCCAAACAGACUUGGCUCCAUUCGAUUGUCAGCCAACUGGAUGUGUGCAAGCAGUCAUCCUGGCGAGGCAGCUGCCCUGUAUGAAGCCGUCGAGGCAAUUGGACUAGAGCUUUGUCCAGAGCUCGGUAUCAGCAUUCCAGUCGGCAAAGACUCCAUGUCGAUGAAGACAAAAUGGGAAGGGAAGGAAGUGACAGCACCACUGUCUCUGGUCAUUACUGCUUUUGCCCCAGUAAACGAUCUAGCAAGCACAUGGACACCAGCCUUGAGGCGGCCCGAGGAUGUCGGCGAGACUCUUCUCAUAUUUGUCGACUUAGCAAGUGGCAAGAAAGCCAUGGGCGGAUCGGCGCUCGCUCAAGCGUUUGGUCAAGUUGGCAACGAGGCUCCAGAUGUCCGCGACGUCGACCACAUCAAGGACUUCUACCACGCAAUAGAACAAUUGCACGAAUCGGAUGUUGUGCUUGCCUAUCACGAUCGAUCAGACGGUGGUUUGUUCACCACACUCGUCGAGAUGAUGUUCGCCGGACGCUGCGGUAUCGACAUCUUGCUCGACAAGAUUGUGACUUCAGCCAGACCGAAGGAUGUUAUUGAGACGCUUUUCAAUGAGGAGCUCGGUGCCGUUUUCCAGAUUCGAAAGAAGGAUGAGGGCCAGUUCCGCGGUGUGUUCGCGCCCAUGACACCGAUUGUCAUCGGCACUGUGCCAGCAACUGGCAAGCAGGACGCAUCAAUCUACUACGGUGCUGAAUGUAUUUACCGUGCGUCGCGGAAAGACUUGCAACAGAAGUGGUCUCAGACAUCGUGGGCAAUGCAAAGACUGCGAGACAAUCCACUUUGCGCAGACAGCGAGAAGGAGAACGUCAACGACGACAAGGAUCCCGGCCUACAGUUCAAGCUGACGUUUAACCCGAAGGAUAACAUCCUACCACUUACUACUUCGCUCACAUCACAACUUCGGGCCAAGCCGAGGGUCGCUAUCCUCCGAGAGCAAGGUGUCAACGGUCAGGCGGAGAUGGCUUUUGCAUUUUCUGUCGCUGGGUUCAGUCCUGUUGACGUGCAUAUGACCGACAUCAUCUCCGGACGCUUCUCACUGGCUUCAUGUGUUGGCCUUGCAGCUUGCGGAGGUUUCAGCUAUGGAGAUGUUCUUGGAGCUGGACAGGGAUGGGCCAAGAGUGUUCUAUUGCACAGCAACACGAGAGCUGAGUUCAAGGCAUUCUUCGAACGUAAGGACACAUUCACACUAGGCGUGUGCAAUGGUUGUCAGUUCCUGUCAAGGCUUACAGAGCUCAUCCCAGGCGCAGAAAGCUGGCCCACAUUCGAACGCAACGCUAGCGAGCAAUAUGAGGCGCGCGUCUGCAUGGUGGAAGUUUGCAACCCUCCACACGCUGCGCCUAGCGUGUUCCUCCACGGCAUGGAGAACAGCUACCUGCCUAUCGUCGUCGCUCACGGCGAAGGUCGUGCGAGCUUCGCCGCCAAUGGCACUUCGUCCGCCGAAGGACUCGUAAAUCAGGGAUUGGUGUCGAUGCGAUACGUCGACAACUAUCUUCAAACAACGACCAAAUAUCCUUUCAAUCCCAACGGCAGUCCUCUAGGAAUUACUGGCGUACGGAGCCCUGAUGGACGCGUGCUUGCCAUGAUGCCGCACCCAGAGCGAACUAUCUUGAAGGAUGUCAGCAGCUAUAUGCCUGUAGGGCAGGCGAAGGAAUGGGGUGAGUUUGGACCCUGGACUCGCAUGUUCAAGAGCGCCCGACGCUGGGUGGGAUAG